AUGGGGGUUGGUGCAAUCGUGGAGCCCUUGGUGGUUUUCGUCCUUCUCUUCGGAGGCACCUGGAUCAACCGCGUUAUCGAGUAUUUACCUUCUCGACGAAACUCUAUCAGUUCGGUGUCGGAAGAUUUCCUUGAAUCUGGAAGUUCCAGCCCGACUUCGAAAGAUGCGCUGUUGGGCUUUCGAUCUCGAUCUCCACUGUCUGGAGACGCAGGCGAAGGAUGGCGCCAGCGAAGGAUCGCGAUGCUGGGCAUGACCUGCGAAGUGACGACUCCCAACACGGCCAUUUUCCGUGACCGAUUGCUCAGCCGGGUGCUUUGGAGGUUUCCCUUCUUGGUGGAAUGCUGGUACUGGGCCCUGGUAUACUGGACAUACCAAAUAGGCCGCGCAUUUACCGCUCUCACUCUCCAAAAAAGCACCGUCGUUGUCGCGAGAGGGCAUACGUUUCAGCUGAUAAAGAUCGAGGAAAGUCUCGGCAUGUUCUGGGAGGUUAGAAUUCAGACGCACUUUCUCCGCCAUGCUCAUUUGAUGGUGGGCCUCAACUGGAUCUACUCCUUCAUUCACAUCCCAGGGACAAUCGCCUUCCUCGUCUGGCUCUAUUACUACACCACCACAGGCACCUGCGUCGAUGAUUCUCAACCGGGGAAGCCUUCUGGCAUUAUCAGCGGACCGCCAGCCGGGCCGCUCCUGUAUCAAGAACGACGACGAACGCUGGCCGUGUGCAACCUACUCGCAUUUGUAAUGUUCACGCUGUGGCCAUGCAUGCCACCCCGUCUGCUGAGUGAUCCAGCCGUGGAGGGCGCGGAAGGAGAGCUGGCUCGGAGUUAUGGCUUCGUUGACACGGUCCAUGGCGCCAAUGGCAUGGGCAGUGUGUGGACGGCGAACCGGUUUUGCAACCAAUACGCUGCGAUGCCGUCCUUGCACUUCGGAUACUCCCUGGUGAUCGGAUUCUCCAUCAUGACGAUUCCUCUCUCACCACCUCACCAGCGUUCCAUCGUGCGAACUCGCCUGGCCCGCAUCAUUGGACUGCCUAUUCCCUCAUGGCGUCGUCUUCUCUGUCUUGUACUCUGUCUUCUCUAUCCAUUCAUCAUCUUAGUAGCCAUUGUGGCGACCGCCAAUCAUUUCAUCCUUGACGCUGUUGUCGGAGCUUUGGUCUGUGCCCUGGCGUGGUGGUGCAAUGGGAUCCUAUUGAGCCUGUUGCCUCUGGAGGAUUACUUUCUUUGCCUGGUCCGGAUCCACAAACCGGAGCCGUUGUUUUGCAAGGUCAUUGCUGAGGACGAUGAUACGGAUCGAGACGUUGACGAGGCCACACCCGCCUAUGCUGCCGUUCCAUCUUGA